ACCGAACGUAGUCUCGAGGGCAGCGGGACGCCACCUGCCGUCUUAUGCAGGACCGCAGUUUCCCUCCGGCCGCGGAAGCACCAGCAGCUAUGACGCAGCAGCAGCAGCAGCAGCAGCAAGCGGAGGGCGUCGCUGUCGUCGGAGGAGGACUCGUAGGGGCCCUGGCGGCUUGUUUCCUUGCUCGACGGGGCUACCAGGUGGAUGUCUAUGAAGCUAGAGAAGACAUCCGCACGGCGCAGCUGGUGCAGGGCCGCUCCAUCAACCUGGCGCUGUCGUCGCGGGGCCGCGCCGCGCUGCGCGCCGUGGGCCUCGAGGAGGCGCUGCUGUCCAACCACGGGCUGCCCAUGCGCGGCCGCAUGCUGCACACCACCACCGGCGACACCCGGCACGUGCUCUACGACCCCCAGCACCACCAGUGCAUCUAUUCCGUUGGGAGGAAGUAUCUGAACGAAGUUCUGCUUUCAGCGGCAGAGAAGUUUCCCAACGUCCGCCUACAUUUCAACCACAAGCUGGUGGCUGCUGAUUUGCACAAAGGCAACAUGGUCUUCCAAAUACUGGACAAUGGGCUGCGCGUGGAGACGUCCGCGUCGCUGGUGGUGGGUGCGGACGGCGCCUUCUCCGCGGUGCGCCGCCAGAUGAUGAAGGCGCCGCUGUUCCAGUACAGCCAGCGCUACAUAGAGCACGGCUACCUCGAGCUCUGCAUACCACCCACCGCUGACGGAAAGUUCGCGAUGGCGGAGCAGUACCUGCACAUCUGGCCGCGCGGCUCCUUCAUGAUGAUCGCGCUGCCCAACCAGGACCGGUCGUGGACCGUCACGCUCUUCAUGCCUUUCGAGCAGUUCGAGGCGCUGGACACGCCCCAGAGGCUGCUCGACUUCUUUGGCGAGUACUUCGCCGACUCCAUACCGCUCAUCGGAAGCAACAAGCUCGUCAAGGACUUCUUCGCAACCAAGCCGUCGCCCCUCGUCUCCAUUAAGUGCAAACCGUACCACGUGGGCAGCUCCGCGGUUAUCAUAGGGGAUGCAGCGCAUGCCAUGGUCCCUUUCUAUGGCCAAGGAAUGAAUGCGGGCUUCGAGGACUGCCUGCUGCUGGACGAGCUACUCGCCUCCAAAGGUCAGGCCGAGGCGCUGUUCGAGUUCUCGCGCCUGCGCAGUCCAGACGCCCACGCUAUCGUCGACCUCGCCAUGUACAACUACAUCGAGAUGCGGGAUCUGGUGACGCGAUCGUCGUUCCUGAUCCGCAAGCGGGUGGACCUGGUGCUGCAGCGGCUGAUGCCGGCCUUGUGGGUGCCGCUCUACACCAGCGUCACGUUCAGCAGCAUGCGCUACCACAAGUGCCUCCAGAACAAGCACUGGCAGGACAAGGUGAUGCAGCGGGUGGGGACGGGCGCCACGGUGGUGGCGGUGGCGGCAGCGGCUGCGCUCGUGUGGGGCGGAGUCCGGCUGCUGCUGCAAGAGGUCGGACCCCUGCGCUGGCUGCCACAGCUCGCCUGAGGCACUUUACGGCGCCCUCCCCCUUACACGCCAUAUCACACGUACCACACACUUACUAACGUUGAUCUCUAACACCCCUUUCUGCAUUUAUAUUUUUAUGUUUGUAUGUAAAUUAGAGGCAAAAUAUAAUUAUGUUCUUUCUGUUUUAUGUCUACAUUUCUGUAUUUAUAAUUCACGAAAAUAAAUCUUAAUGUCUUGACAA